CACUACUCACUAGUACAAUCAUUUGGUACUUUUCUCUAUCCUUCAUUCUCAAUCCAAAAUCCCAAAUUUGAGGAUGAAAUGAUCCGAUUCGUGGUAUGGGUAUUUUAGUCAAUAGAGCCCAAAUAUUUUCUGGCCACAUGAAACCGUACCGGAAAAGUUAAUGGUAGGGUAUUUUAUGACAAAAUCGUAGUUUAACAGUAGUUCAACCGUAGUACCGUUAAAUACCGCAUAUCAGUUUAGCAUCCGAUACUAGUAUUUUGUGGUUGAACCGCCGGUACGUUACGGUUUCAUGGACCAUGAUAAUUACCCAUACAUGCAUAAUUAUCCAAAUCAAGUAAACUCAUUAAUUAUUGAUAGAGUUUGGAUCGUGUUUAUAUGUAUUUGGAUAUUUGCUGAGAAAUGAGUAGGUUAUGUACAUUCCUACUAUAUUCUAUUUAGAUAUGAGUUGGGUAUGUGUUUCUUCGUUGCUUACACAUAUAAAUCGGACACGUAUGUAGUAUAAAACGGGACAUGUUUGUCGAACUUUAAAAAGUUAAGGUAUCAAAAGAAAAAGUAGAUAUACUAAAAUGUAAUUUUUCAUAUAUUUUUAGGACUUACUUGAAAAUAUUCAAAUUUAGGUUUUAAGUGCAAUAUGCUUAUAAUAGUUUGAGUGUGAUAUGCUUGGUCAAGUAUCAAGUCCAUUAUGAAAGGACUAAACACAUCGAUGUGAGGUAUAAUUUCUUGAUAACAGAGAAGAAGAUUAAGGUGAAGAAAGUGGACACUACGACAAUCGUGUUGAUAUGUUCACAAAGCUGGUUACACAUUGCAAGUUCCAACACUAGUUGGACUUUCUGAAUGUCUUGAGUGGAUGAAUCCGCCUUUAGGGGCAUUGAAGCGGGAGAGAGAGAGAGAGAUAGGAGAUCAUAGCACAAGAAAGAUUCAGGUGGAUGAUUCAAGUCAAGGUGGAGAUUCGUUGACAUGACUUUAAUUAGAUCAUCUGCCAUCGACUGAAAGUCAUGAGGAUCUUGUUGUCCUGUCACUGAGUCGUAGUCCAGGGCUGGAGCGACCGGUUUGAAAGCUCGAAGAGUCAGAUUCCCCUAAUCCACGGUCCACGAUGUAUUAUGGGCUUGUACACGGUUUGGACUUUUAUGGGGGGAUAGAGGAGAAUACACUAACCAAAAUGUUGUCCGAAAGAUACUAUAUCCUGAUGGGUCAAGAUCCAUCAAUGGAGCCCAAAUAUUUUCUCUUUUUUAAACCGAGAUAACCAGACAGGGCCCAUUAGUAUAUGGGCCUCGUGGAGCCGAGCCGACUCUCCUUCACGGUUAACAUCCAGCCACAUGAGUUUCUCGACCUGUCGUCUUCGUUACGCGCCACCUGCCCCUCCCUCUAGAGCUGUCUUCCUUUCUCCCUCGCGUCAUUCUUCUGCUGAAUCGUCACUUAAAACUCGUUACCCAAACCUCCACCGGAACGCGAUUUUCCGCGGAACCAGAAUUUCGCACCGUUACCGGAGUUUGAAAGAGCCACAGAGAAAGAGAGGGGGAAGAGACGAAGGAGGAGAGAAGUUGCCAUCGAAAUGAGGACGGUUACCUCGCGGUUGAUCGACUCUAGAGCUUCUCUAUCUAGAUUGUAUACUACAAUGGCGGGGUACGGUGAGCGGAGAUGUUUCUCAAAUGAUUCUAACAAGGUGGAUGAGCCUUUCAAGGUCGAGGAAGCAGAAACUGUGAACGUCCCUCCGCCACCUCAAGAAAAGUUGCUGGUGUUGGGUGGAAAUGGUUUCGUUGGCUCUCAUAUUCUCAGAGAGGCUCUAGAUCGAGGCUUAUCUGUUGCUAGCCUUAGCAGAUCUGGGAAGUCGUCAUUGCAUGAUCCAUGGGCUAACAAUGUCACGUGGUAUCAAGGGAACCUUCUUUCAUCCGAUUCCUUGAAGGAUGCUCUCGAUGGCGUCUCUGCGGUUAUUUCCUGUGUUGGUGGUUUUGGCUCACAAUCUUACAUGUACAAGAUCAACGGAACUGCGAAUAUCAAUGCUAUUAGAGCUGCUUCAGAGAAAGGUGUUAAAAGAUUUGUUUACAUCUCUGCUGCUGAUUUCGGCUUGGCUAACUACAUACUGCGGGGAUAUUAUGAGGGAAAGAAAGCUGCUGAGGCAGAAUUACUUGCGAAGUUUCCAUAUGGAGGAAUAAUUCUGCGACCAGGCUUUAUCUAUGGGACUCGUGGUGUUGGAAGUCUGAAGUUGCCUCUUGGUGUGAUUGGUUCGCCUAUGGAGAUGGUUCUUCAACAUGCAAAGCCGCUAAACCAGCUUCCAUUGAUUGGACCUCUGUUCACACCUCCUGUGGAUGUGAAUGCGGUGGCCAGGGUGGCAUUGAGGGCGGCAACCGAUCCAGUCUUCCCACCGGGGAUCAUAGAUGUUUAUGGGAUCCAGCGUUACAGACAAUGAAUGUGAAGAUUAGUAACGUUAGCUCUCUAUACUCGCUGUUCUCUUUCAUUCAUAGUUACUACUCUCCUUUUGAACAGUUGAUGCUGUAGAGUUGCUGGCCAUGGAACCUUUUUCCAUAUAGGCUGGUAAGCAGGAAAUUCCCUACCAUGGUCGGGAAAAAAUGCAGAGGAAUAAGUUUGUUCAGAAUUUAGUAUAGAAACUGUUACUGUUCUAUAGUGACAGAGAUGAGCAGAAGAUUUAUGUACCGGGGGUGUGGUAAUCUUGGCUUCAAUAACCUUUACCAUGAACCAACUAUACACAAGAAACUAUGUGAAUAUACAUGUUUUCAUACU